CAAUCAGAUCGCGUCCCUUUGCUAGCGUUAGCAUCGCCCUGGCAAAAACAAGUCACUCGGUUUUCUGUUAGCAUUCGCUUGCCAGUAAACAAAGAUCGCGAUGUCAGAUUAAAAAUUGCACGGUUUAUUGUCAACCGUUUUUACCGCGCGCCUUGCGACUGUUGUCGGUCACACUUCGUCGGUCGUCUGGGCUGCUAGCUAACGGCGGAGGAAGAAGAAGAUGGGCUCCGUCCUGAGUCGCAGAAUCGCUGGGGUUGAAGAUAUUGACAUCCAAGCCAACUCGGCCUAUCGUUUUCCACCUAAAUCCGGGAAUUAUUUUGCCAGUCAUUUCUUCAUGGGAGGAGAAAAGUUUGACACACCACAUCCUGAGGGAUAUCUUUUCGGGGAGAACAUGGACUUGAAUUUUCUGGGGAACAGGCCAGUGCAGUUCCCCUACGUGACUCCUGCACCCCAUGAGCCAGUGAAAACCCUCAGAAGUCUGGUCAACAUACGGAAGGACUCGCUGCGUUUGGUCAGGUAUAAAGACGACUCUGACACUACGGUGGAGGAGGGUGGCAAACCUAAGGUUCAGUACGGCGUGGAGUUCACCUUUGACGCUGACGCUCGGGUGGCCAUCACUCUCUACUGCCAGGCUUUUGAGGAGUUCUCCAAUGGGAUGGCCGUGUACAGCCCGAAGGAUUCAGCGAUGGCCUCGGAGACGGUCCACUACAAGAGGGGCGUCAGCCAGCAGUUUUCUAUGCCGUCUUUCAAAAUCGACUUCACUGAGUGGAAAGAGGAAGACCUGAACUUUGACCUGGACCGAGGAGUGUUUCCCAUGGUGAUCCAAGCGGUGGUGGACGAAGGGGACGAUUGCCUCGGACAUGCUCACGUUCUUCUGGCAGCCUUUGAACGACACGUGGAUGGCAGUUUCUCCGUGAAGCCACUGAAGCAAAAGCAAAUUGUGGACCGUGUGAGCUACCUCCUGCAGGAGAUCUACGGCAUCGAGAACAAGAACAACCAAGAAACUAAGCCGUCAGACGACGAGAACAGCGACAACAGCAACGAGUGCGUGGUGUGUUUGUCGGACCUGCGGGACACCCUCAUCCUGCCCUGCAGACAUUUGUGCUUGUGUAACUCCUGCGCCGACACCUUGCGCUACCAAGCCAACAACUGUCCCAUCUGCAGGCUGCCCUUCAGGGCCUUGUUGCAAAUCCGAGCCGUGAGAAAAAAGCCCGGAACGCUCUCUCCCGUCUCUUUCAGUCCUGUUCUGGCUCAAACGAUGGACCACGAUGAGCACUCUAGCUCUGACUCGGUCCCACCCGGCUUUGAGCCCGUCUCGUUGUUGGAGGCUUUGAACGGAAUGUGUUCAGUGUCCCCCCCCAUUCCGUCGGCACCCCUCUACGACGACAUCAACUUCUCGGGCGGCGACGGCAGACCGCUGAGCUCACCGGAGCAUCUGAGCGACGGUGGCCUGCAGAAGGGCAAAGUCAGCAAGUCACCUGACAGCACUUUGAGGUCUCCGUCUUCUCCCAUCCAGGAGGAGGAUGAGGAGAAGUUGUCUGAGAUGUCAGACGUUCAGCCGCACACGCUUCUGUCCAGCAGUCCCGCCCCCACAGACGCCACAGCAACUGAAGACGUCGCCGACUCGCUGUCCCCAGAUGAUGAGGACAGGAUGCACGCCGGCGCCGACAUCCUCCAGGACUGCGGCAGUGAGCACAGCAGCUUGGCCAAAACACAGCGCGACCCGUCGGGAGAACUGUCGCUGCCAGUCCUAGGUCCUGACUCCUGCUCGGUUGGUAUGGAGGAGUAACAGCGGGUCGUCCGAGUCCACGGAGAGCCUGAAGAGUCAGAGCACAAACUGCUCCAGCCAGCCUCUCCUGUGCCCCUCUAGCAGCUUCCACAGGGAGGACGAGCUCCUUCUCCCCUGACCUCCUCUUCAUCCACAUCCAUGCCUUCCCGCCUCCUUGUCAGCGAGUAUCACGGAGGUUUCCUCCACUCCAUCGAGGCUAACGUUUAGGAAACUUUGACGCAAUGUGGAUGCUUCGGACUGCUAGUCCCAGCAGUGCUGUUCAAAGCACACUUCCUGUUCAUCUCAUUCAGAUACAGUAGUUGUAACCUUCUGUCUAUGUUGUAAUAGCACACUCACCAUAUAUUUAUUCAAUCCAA